CUUCUCUUUCAACUCCUCCCCUGUCCCUUCCUUUUCCCCUCGAUCUCUGCUUGAGAGAGUGAAAGAAAAACGAUGAAUGUCUAUGUACCUUUUUCUGACCAGAAAAAGACGGAUGCGACAUUGACGCUCAAAGCCAUGGGCAUCCAAUUGGGGAUCAAUAUUGGCAUUUCAUUACUCGUUCUUGCUGGAUUCAGCUUUCUACGACCGCGUCAUACCUUGGUCUAUGCACCCAAAUACAAGUUCUCCAAGCCUGAGCAACGGCCACCGACUGUUGGGACUGGAUGGUUCAGCUGGAUCAAGCCUGUGCUGAAAGCCGACGACGACUUCCUGAUGGAUCGCAUCGGCUAUGAUGCCGUCAUGUUUCUCAGAUUCAUACGUCUUAUUCGACGUCUGCUCAUUGUCAUGAGCAUCAUUGGCAUAUGUGCUUUGGUCCCUGUUAAUAUAGUUGCAACUUACUACACUGGAGACUGGCCACCGCCCGCUGGAUUGGACUUGCUGUCCAUCUCGGGCAUCAAUUACAACUCAUCCAACGACGAGUUCGUUCCGGAUACCCGAUGGUAUUGGUCACCUGCCGUUGCCACAUGGAUCUUCUCCAUAUUGAUUGCUUGGUUCAUGUACCGCGCAUCGUGUGACUAUAUCGAGAUGCGUCAACGCUUUUUUCGCCACCCGCCAAACGCUUUGUCUGCCCGCUCGCUUUUGGUCAGUAAUGUUCCCAAGGACAGCCGCUCAGAUGAUAAACUAAAGUCCUGGAUGGAUUCAAUGCGCUUGCCGUAUCCUGUAAAACAAGCCAUCAUUGGCCUCCACAGCAACAAAUUGACCAGUUUGACCGAGGAGCAUGAAGCGGCUGUGCGGCACUUGGAGGAUGCCUUGUCUAGCUAUCUCAACGAUGGCAAGUCAAUGGGCAAGAAAAAAAGACCGACGAUGCGAGUGGAUGGUUUCCUUUUCUGUGGCGGCAAAAAGGUCGACGCAAUUGAUUAUUACACUGACCAAGUCAAGGAACUCGAAGCAGAGAUCAGAAAGCGACGCAAAAACAGCACCAGCAAAAUUUCCAACUAUGGCUGGGUUUCCUUUGACCGUAUCGAGCACGCUCAUACCGUCAACCAGGCAUUCAAUAAGCAAGUUGACAAGAAGCAACAACGCGAAUUCGGUGUACGGCUGUCGUCGCCCCCUAAAGACUUGAUUUGGGCCAAUUUGCCAAUGGAUGCAAAGACACGACGCACGCGACGAUGGAUCGGACGAUUGGUGUACUGGAUCUUGAUCUUUGUCUGGAUGAUUCCGGUCGGUGCAUUGUCAGCAACUUCUAAUGUGGUCAAUCUGAUUCGGCUGUUUCCAAAUUCGGAAGCAUUUAUUGACAAUAACACGAUGCUUAUGGGUAUCAUCCAAUCAUGGUUCACGCCCAUCGUCAUGGCCUUGUUCUUCAUAUUGCUGCCGCAUUUGUUCCGCUUCUUAUCCAAGCAACAAGGCUACCAGACCCACACGACCCUCGACCGUAAAGUCCUCGUCAAGCUCUAUGUCUUUUUCAUCAUCAACAACCUGCUUGUGUUUACAUUGGCCUCCAUCCUGAUUGGUAUCUUUGGUCAGAUCCGGUCCCUUAUUCUGUCUGGUACGCUCGACCAACAAGAAACAUCGAUCGGAGACUAUGUCAGCCAGCUCGCCAAGAACAUUUCCGAUGUAUCGACGUUUUGGAUCAAUUAUGUGUGUAUCAAGGCGCUUGGUCUGACUAUGGAAAUGGCCCAGCUUGUGCCGCUGUUCAUUAUCACGCUACGCAAGUGGAUUACUCGACCCAGUCCAAGAGAACUGCGCGACGUUGCCCAACCGCCCGAGUUCGACUAUCCUCUGUGCUACAACAUGAUGCUGUUCUUUUUCACUAUUGCUCUGCUCUACUCGGCUAUUGCCCCGCUCGUUCUGCCAUUCGCCUUACUAUUCUUUGCCAUGUCCACUGUUGUGUACAAGUACAUGUUGAUGUAUAUCUUUGUUACAAAGACCGAAAGCGGUGGCCGGAUCUGGCCUGUCCUGUUCCAAUCCAUCAUGACUUCAACACUGCUCUUUCAGAUACUGAUGAUCAUCGUCUUGCGACUCAAGGAUGGAUUCGCCCAAUGCUAUGCUCUAAUCCCGCUACCCGUACUGACUGUGGCGUUCCAGUACUUUUAUUAUCGCCGAAUGCAGACCUUGGGCUCGUUCCUCAAUGGUACAGACUCAUCCUCCGGUAUUAUCUUACCUCCUAGCGAGUUGAUGUCUGUCAAAAAGGAGGACCACGAGGACGACGAUUAUGAAAAGAAGAGCAAGAAGAAAAAGACAAGCACGGUGGCAGCGGUCAACAAGGAAGACGAUCUAUCGAAACAAUUCCAGGAUCCAGGAUUACACAAGAAAUUAAUGACGCCAAUGGUACACGAAGACGUCAAGCAUUUGUUGCCGCAAGUAUAUCAUCGUGCUGAAAACACCAUGCAUGACGGCAUUGAGAUGAUGCGUCACCGUAUGGACUUGAACCAACAGUAUGGAUUUGAGCAACAAAAUCAUCAGCAGCAACAAGGCACCGGAAGAGAAAGCCGUCGUUUGACUGUGCUGGAGAUGGACGACGGAUCGCCGAUCAAGUUUUGUACUGUGGCAGAGAAUGAGGCACUCGAACAAGGUGCUGAUACGACCGACACUGAAGAAAGCGAUGACGAGUCGACUCCAUUGAAUCGAUCUACAGACGCAGUCGGUAAUCGAGGGUUCUUUGAUGAUGACGACGAUGAUUACGACAAACACAGCCGUCAAGGACUGAUGGAGAGUAAUCAUAUGGAUAUGGCAUGGCGAUCGAGUAAUAACAACCAUAACAUGAAUGCUGAUGAGCGCCGUAGCAGCUUCAACAGCUACAACACAUCACUGUCUUCAGAAGCAAGCAGUAAAGAUGUCCGACAAUCUACCGCGGUUCUGGUGACAAACAUUCUAGCGACAACGAGUAGCAGUAACAAAAGCAAUGACAUCGAAGAACCUGGUGCUAUUUCCAGGCAAACUCAAGCUUGUAGCAUCAGCAAUAGCAGCGACAGCUAUGACGAUGACGACGACAUGGAUUCAAUGAUUGUACAGACCGUUAUAUCACGACGCAACUCGGCACCCGAGCAUCGCAACUCCUUAUUCUGGCUUACCGCUACUACUGAACAACAACUACUGCGUCGUCAUGCCUCAAUGCCUGAGUUAUUACGCUCUGAACCGAAGAGACAGAAGAAGACGAAAAAGGACAUCGAAAAGGAGCCUGUUGCACCAGAGGUACGACGCAAUUCGGCACCAUGGCAUACUUUAUCCCAGCAACACGAGGAAGAACUGCAAGACAACACACAACAAGAAGUUCCGCAAUUACGACGGAACAAAACCAUGCCGAUAUCACGUCACCGUCGUCCUUUGAUUGACGAACUGGAAGACCCAAACAUCGAAGAAGAAGAAGAAGAAGGAGGGAGCAAUGGCAAUGAAGACCACGGCAUGGUUUCACCACCGUCCAGACCCACUAGCCGUGUUAUAUUUUCACCAUCACAACAGCAACGAUUGAGCAGAUCAACGUCCGUUCAAGGAUCUACAGGCGGUCGACGAUCGUGGUACUGGACAGCCGAAGGACCGCCAACUGAAGACGAUGACAAUAACUCAUUAUCAUCUAGACCACCCUCCUCAUUACUGGUUCGGUCGCGCACUGUUCCUGGUCGACAAAGUGCCACACCAUCCAUUACCAACUCACGUUAUCGCAUCACAUAUUAUGACGACUUGCUUAAUGAUAUUCCGUCCUUACCAGAGUUUGGUACCCAGGAUCGCAACUCCUUUGCCUCCAGCUUUGAACGAUACUAUAACACUAGAAGACCGAGCAGUAGCCGUACCGUUAGCAACGACAACAACGAGACAUCAACGAAUGAGCAUUACCAUAGCAGCAACAACAACCAUUAAUUAUUUCAAACCCGUCAUCAUUUUGUAAAUCCAUUUUUUUCCUGAGAAUUAAACCACAUUGUAUAUUAUAUCAUCUUUUUUACAAAUAACAAAGCGGUACUUUUAAAAAAUGUAUGUAGAUUGCAAACUAUAUCCGUAUCUAUCAUAUAUCCAGCCAUGACGUUGCAUUCCAAAGUUUG